AUGAGAACCAGAAAGGAAUCAAAGAUUCCCAGGAAACCUGAAAGGAUUCCAGGUCCGGAGAAACAGAAAGGAAUUCAGGAGAAGCAUCAGAGAACGAAGGAUUCAGGAGAACUGGAAAGGGAUUUCAGGAUUAAGCCUAAGAGAAGGCAUGGCAGAAUUCAGAAGAACUCAGAGAACUCCAGGAUAAAGGCCUCAGGAGAACCUGGAAGGGAAUUCCAGGAGAACAGAGACCAGGAAGAAGCCUCAGGAGAACUGAAAGGAAUUCAGCGAGGAACAGAAAGGAAUCAGGAGAAGCCUCCAGAGAAGGCUGGAAAGGAAUUCCAGGAAAACCGAAAGGAAUCAGAGAAUCCAGGAGAAAGAGAAAGCCCUCAGGAGAAUAAAGGAUUCAGAGAAGCCUCAGGAGAACUGAAAGGAUUCCAGGGAAACAGAACGGAAUCAGAGAAGGCCUUCAGGAAAGUGAAUGGAAUCAGAGGAAGCCUCAGGAGAACGAAAGGAUUCAGAGAAGCCUCAGGAGAACUGAAAAGGAUUCAUAGGAAGCCUCAGGAGAAACUUAAAGGAUUCAGAGAAGCCUUUGGAGAACUGAAAAGGUUCAGAGAAGCCUCCGGGAAUCUGAAAGGAUUCCAGGAGAACAGAAAUGGAAUCAAGAGGAAGCCUCAGGAGAACUUAAAGGAUUCCAGGAGAACAGAAAGGAAUCAGAGAAAGCCUUCAGGAGAACUGGAAAGGAUUCAGAAAAAGCCUUAG